AGGGCAUUUCCCUAACUUUUUUUUUUCCUUCUCCCUUUCUCAUAAGGCUAUAGUUCAAUAUUGCAUUCCGGGGCACACAUCCUGCCUCAAAUUCCGACUCCGGGCUCCUCGACGUCGUGGCACUCCAAUUGUCGCAAGCCCCUACUCUGGAGUGCACACCAGGACUUUUGACCUGGAUACAAGGACUAGAUCCCUCUGCUCGGCCCGGGUCCAUUCCGCCAGUCAGUGAGAGUGAGAGGCGACGCGGCGGUACUACCCGAGGAGGGAUAGCCACAUCGUCAAAUGGGAUCAGGGAAGCUGGCCCAGGUGCUGCUGGGAUGGGCCGCAUUCCACGUGGCUUAUGGUGACACUGCAAACGGACCGUACCAAGCCAGCCGUUUCACCGGCGCUGUGGACCAGAGAGAGGUGCAGCGGGUUCGACGCCGUGGCCAAGAGACCCUGAGAGGGCCCAAUGUGUGUGGCUCUCGCUUCCAUUCCUACUGCUGCCCGGGCUGGAAGACUCUGCCAGGAGGGAACCAGUGUAUUGUUCCAAUUUGCAGGAAUUCGUGUGGCGAUGGCUUCUGUUCAAGACCAAACAUGUGCACCUGUUCCAGUGGCCAGCUCUCUCCCAGCUGUGGAUCAGGAGGAGGAAUCCAAUCCUGCAAUGUCCGGUGCAUGAAUGGAGGCAGCUGUGCAGAGGACUCGUGCUCCUGCACAAAGGGCUUCACAGGCAACCACUGUGGACAGCCCGUGUGCGAGAACGGCUGCCAGAAUGGAGGCCGCUGCAUCGGGCCCAACAGAUGCGCCUGUGUCUACGGUUUCACUGGCCCGCAGUGCGAGAGAGACUACAGGACGGGGCCGUGUUUCACCCAGGUGAACAACCAGAUGUGCCAGGGUCAGCUCAGUGGAAUCGUCUGCACCAAGACCCUCUGCUGCGCCACCAUUGGUCGAGCGUGGGGCCACCCCUGUGAGCAGUGCCCCGCCCAGCCACACCCCUGCAGGCGAGGCUUCAUCCCCAACAUCCGCACUGGAGCCUGCCAAGAUGUGGACGAAUGCCAGGCGGUGCCAGGUCUUUGUGCCGGAGGUAAUUGCAUCAACACCGUGGGAUCCUACGAGUGCAAAUGUCCCGCCGGCCACCGCCAGAGCGAAACAAGCCACAAAUGUGAAGACAUUGAUGAAUGCAGCACCAUCUCCGGUGUGUGCGAUGGAGGAGAAUGCACCAACACUGCCGGUAGCUAUGUCUGCACCUGCCCGCGCGGCUACAUCUCCAGCACUGAUGGCUCCAGAUGUGUGGAUCAGCGCGUGGGAACCUGUUUCUCCGCUCUGGCUAACGGCCGCUGUGCGGCGGAGCUGAACGGUCAGUACACCAAGAUGCAGUGCUGCUGUGACACAGGACGCUGCUGGGCUUUGGGACAGAUCCCCGAGAUGUGCCCCGUCAGGGGGUCCGACGAAUUCAGGCGUCUGUGCAUUGUGGGCGUUGCUCAAGGACACGGCCUCCCUCACGUCUACCCCAACGGACACUUCCCCAACACCAACGGGAACGGGUACAACUACGGAUACAAGUUCCCCAGUGUACCAAAUGGUAACGGCAAUGGAGGCAAUGGUGGCAACGGCGGAGUGGGCUUUGGUGGGAACGGUGGGAGCUUUGGAGGUAACGGGGGAAGCUUUGGAGGCAAUGGAGGAGGACACCAACACAUAGGCACCGUUUCUGUGAACGACACCAUUGACGUGUGCAAACAUUUCACCAACCUGUGUCUCAAUGGACGCUGCAUUCCGACGCCCACCAGCUACCGAUGCGAGUGCAACAUGGGCUACAAACAGGAUGUUCGGGGGGAGUGUAUCGAUACGGAUGAGUGCGUGAGUAAUCCAUGCAUCAAUGGAGACUGUGCAAACACCCCUGGAGGGUACCACUGCAAGUGCCACGAGGGUUUCAGCGGAACCCCCACCAAACAAGCAUGCAAUGAUAUUGACGAGUGCAUUGUGAACGGUGUGAUGUGUCGCAACGGCCGCUGUGUCAACACAGAGGGAAGCUUUCAGUGUAUUUGCAAUGCCGGCUUCGAGCUCACUCCUGAUGGGAAGAACUGCAUCGAUCACGACGAGUGCGCCACCACCAACAUGUGUCACAACGGCAUGUGUAUCAACGAAGACGGCAGCUUCAAGUGCAUCUGCAAGCCGGGCUUUGCUUUAGCACCUAACGGACGCUACUGCACCGACAUCGACGAGUGUCUAACUCCUGGCAUUUGCAUGAACGGACGCUGCAUAAACUCCGAGGGCUCCUUCCGCUGCGAGUGCCCCCCAGGCCUGGCCAUCGGUGUGGACGGGAGAGUGUGUGUGGACACGCACAUGAGGACCACUUGCUACGGCGCCAUAAAGAUGGGCACGUGCUCGCGGCCGUUCCCUGGCGCAGUGACCAAGUCGGAGUGCUGCUGCGCCAACGCUGAACACGGCUUUGGGGAGCCUUGCCAACCCUGCCCCUCCAGAAACUCAGCCGAGUUCCAGGCGGUUUGCAGCAGUGGUAUUGGCAUCACAGCUGAUGGCAGAGACAUCAAUGAGUGUGCCCUGGACCCAGACAUUUGUCAGAACGGCAUUUGUGAGAACUUGAGAGGAAGCUACCGCUGCAUCUGUAAUAUCGGCUACGAGUCUGACACCAGUGGAAAAAACUGUGUUGAUAUCAACGAGUGCCUAGUGAACCGUCUGCUUUGUGACAACGGCCUCUGCAGAAACACUCCGGGUUCCUACACCUGCUCGUGUCCUAAAGGAUACGUCUUCAAACCCGACUCAGAGACCUGCGAAGAUAUCAACGAAUGCGAUUCCAGCCCGUGCAUCAAUGGAGCGUGUCGCAACGUGGCCGGGUCCUUCAACUGCGAGUGCACCCACGGCAGCAAACUGGACUCCACAAACACCAUCUGCGUGGACAGCAUGAAGAGCACAUGCUGGCUGACGAUACAAGACAACCGCUGCGAGGUGAACAUCAACGGGGCCACGCUGAAGUCCGAGUGCUGCUCCACCCUGGGGGCGGCCUGGGGCAGCCCCUGUGAACCCUGCGAGAUCGACACUGCUUGCUCUCGAGGGUUUGCACGUAUGAAGGGCCUCGUCUGUGAAGACAUCAAUGAGUGCGAGGUGUUCCCGGGAGUGUGCACAAAUGGCCGCUGUGUGAACACCCAGGGCUCGUUCCUCUGCGAGUGCGCCGAGGGUCUCACACUGGACAGCACCGGACGCACAUGCGUGGAUACGCGUAGUGAGCAGUGCUACUUGAAGUGGCACGAGGACGAGUGCGGCGAGCCGCUGCCGGGGAGAUACCGCGUCGACAUGUGCUGCUGUUCGGUGGGUUCGGCCUGGGGCGUCGACUGCGAGGAGUGUCCCAAACCAGCCACCGCCGAGUACAAAGCCAUCUGCCCCAGAGGGCCCGGCUUUGCCAACAGAGGAGAAAUUCUGACCGGCAGGCCGUUCUACAAAGAUGUGAAUGAGUGUAAGGUGUUCCAGGGCCUGUGCACACAUGGAAAUUGCCGUAACACCAUCGGCAGCUUCAAGUGUCGCUGCAACAACGGUUUCGCUCUGACCGCAGAGGAAAGGAACUGCACGGACAUCGACGAGUGCCGCAUCUCCCCGGACCUGUGUGGUCACGGUGCUUGUGUCAACACACCCGGCAGCUUUGAGUGUGAAUGUUUCGAGGGAUACGAGAGCGGUUUUAUGAUGAUGAAGAACUGCAUGGACAUUGAUGAAUGUGAGAGAAAUCCCCUGUUGUGCCGUGGAGGAACCUGCCUGAACACAGAAGGGAGUUAUGAAUGUGAAUGUCCCCCCGGACACUCACUCAGCAACGAUGGCUCUGCCUGUGAAGAUGUGAACGAGUGCCAGCUGAGUGACAACUUGUGCAAGCAUGGCCAGUGUAUCAACAUGCCGGGGACCUACCAGUGCUCCUGUGACACGGGCUACCAGGCCACUCCGGACCGACAGGGCUGUGUUGAUAUUGAUGAAUGCACCAUUAUGAACGGAGGCUGCGAAACGCACUGCACCAACUCCGAGGGCAGCUAUGAGUGCAGCUGUAGUGAGGGCUACGCUCUUAUGCCUGACCUAAGGACCUGCGCAGAUAUUGAUGAGUGUGAGGAAACUCCAGAUAUCUGUGACGGAGGCCAGUGCACCAACAUUCCGGGGGAAUACCGCUGUCUGUGUUACGAUGGCUUCAUGGCCUCCAUGGACAUGAGGACGUGUAUUGAUGUGAACGAAUGUGACUUGAACCCAAACAUCUGUCUCCACGGCGACUGCGAGAACACCAAAGGCUCUUUCAUCUGCCACUGCCAGCUGGGUUACAUUGUCAAGAAGGGAUCCACUGGCUGCACAGAUGUUGAUGAAUGUGAGAUCGAGGCUCAUAACUGCGACAUGCAUUCCGCGUGCAUCAACGUCCCCGGAAGCUUUAAAUGCCGCUGUCGAGACGGCUGGGUGGGAGACGGCAUCAAGUGUGUGGAUCAGGACGAGUGCUCUCUAGAGGACCACAACUGCAACCCCAAUGCAGACUGUGUCAACACACCAGGAUCAUACAGGUGUACGUGCAAGAGCGGCUUCAAUGGAGAUGGAUUUUCAUGCUCUGACAUGGAUGAGUGUGCAGACAACGUGAACCUGUGUGAGAACGGACAGUGUUUGAAUGCUCCAGGCGGCUACCGCUGCGAGUGCGAAAUGGGCUUCACUCCGACAGAAGACAGCAAGGCCUGUCAAGACAUCGAUGAGUGUAAUUUCCAAAACAUCUGUGUGUUUGGAACGUGCCAGAACCUUCCAGGGAUGUUCCGCUGUGUGUGUGACGAUGGUUACGAACUGGACCGCAGCGGAGGAAACUGCACUGACAUCAACGAGUGUGCGGACCCCGUGAACUGCAUCAACGGGCUGUGUGUGAACACUCCCGGGAGCUACCUGUGUAACUGCCCAGCCGACUUUGAGCUCAACCCCACGGGAGUGGGCUGCGUGGACACCCGUGUUGGCAACUGCUACCUGGAGGUUCUCUGGCGCGGCGACGGAGGAAUCUCCUGCAGCGCGGAGAUCGGCGUGGGUGUGAUCCGAGCGUCCUGUUGCUGCUCCGAGGGAGGAGCCUGGGGAAACCCUUGUGAACUGUGCCCCAGCCCCAACUCCACGGAAUACAAGACUCUCUGUCCAGGAGGAGAAGGAUUCAGACCCAACCCCAUCACGGUUAUCCUGGAAGAUAUUGAUGAGUGCCAGGAGCUGCCAGGUCUCUGCCAAGGUGGCAACUGUAUUAACACCUUUGGUAGUUUCCAGUGUGAGUGUCCAGCAGGCUACUAUCUCAAUGAGGAGACACGCAUCUGUGAGGAUAUUGACGAGUGCACAACUCACAUCGGGAUCUGUGGACCAGGUACCUGCUACAACACUCUGGGCAACUACACCUGCGUGUGUCCUCCCGAGUACAUGCAGGUCAAUGGAGGAAACAACUGUAUGGACAUGAGGAAGAGUGUGUGUUACCGUAACUUCAACGACACGUGUGAGAACGAGCUUUCCUUCAACAUGACCAAGAAGAUGUGCUGCUGUGCCUACAAUGUGGGAAAAGCCUGGAACAAGCCGUGUGAGGCCUGCCCGACUCCCGCCACCAACGAGUACCAGUUACUGUGUGGUAACAUGGCUCCUGGCUUCAUCAUCGACAUCCACACCGGCAAGCCGAUCGAUAUUGACGAGUGCAGGGAAAUCCCUGGCAUCUGUGCCAGUGGAGUGUGUAUCAAUCAGAUCGGGAGCUUCCGCUGUGAAUGUCCAAUGGGCUUCAGCUACAACAACAUACUGCUCAUCUGCGAAGAUAUUGAUGAGUGCAACAGCGGGGACAACCUGUGCCAGCGCAACGCCAACUGUAUCAACAUUCCAGGCAGCUACCGCUGCGAGUGCUCGCCCGGCUUCAAACUGUCCCCCAGCGGGGCGUGUUUGGAUCGUAAUGAGUGCCAGGAAAUUCCCAAUGUGUGCAGCCAUGGAGAAUGUAUCGACACACAGGGAAGCUAUCGCUGCCUCUGCCACAACGGCUUCAAGGCCACCGCUGACCAGACCAUGUGCAUGGACAUCGAUGAGUGUGACAGACAGCCAUGUGGCAACGGUACCUGUAAGAACACGGUGGGAUCCUACAACUGCCUCUGCUUCCCCGGCUUUGAGCUCACACACAACAACGACUGCAUGGACGUGGAUGAGUGCAGUGCACUCCAGGGCCAGGUGUGCAGGAACGGACAGUGUAUCAACGGACUCGGCUCCUUCCAGUGCCUCUGCCACGAGGGCUAUGAGAAUACCCCGGAUGGGAAAAACUGCGUUGAUAUCAAUGAGUGCGUGAGUCUACCUGGCACUUGCUCUCCGGGAACUUGUCAGAAUCUGGACGGAUCUUUCAGAUGUAUCUGCCCUCCUGGCUACGAGGUGCAGAAUGACCAGUGUAUAGAUAUCAACGAGUGUGAGGUGGAGCCUAACAUCUGUCAGUUUGGCACCUGCACAAACACCCCUGGUAGCUUCCAGUGCACCUGCCAGACGGGCUUCGUACUCUCUGAAAACAAACGGCGCUGCUACGAUACCAGGGAGAGUUUCUGUUUUACAAAAUUCGAGGCAGGAAAAUGCUCCGUCCCUAAAUAUUUGAACAACACCAAGGCCAAGUGCUGCUGCAGCAAGAUGCCUGGAGAGGGCUGGGGACUCCCCUGUGAGCUGUGCCCACGCGAGAGCGAGGCUGCUUUUAGAACUCUGUGUCCCUUCGGCCACGGAGCCCUACCUGGACCGGGAGAUGCUCGUGAGGAUAUGAAUGAAUGUCUGGAUAAUCCAGGAAUCUGCCAGAAUGGUAUCUGCAUCAAUACAGAUGGCUCGUUCCGCUGUGAAUGCCCCUUCGGAUACAACCUGGAUUACACUGGAGUCAACUGUGUUGACGCUGACGAGUGCUCUAUAGGAAACCCGUGUGGAAACGGAACCUGCACCAAUGUUGUGGGUGGUUUUGAGUGCUCGUGCCAGGAGGGCUUCGAACCCGGAUCCAUGAUGACCUGUGAAGACAUCAACGAGUGCUCCCAGAAUCCUCUGCUGUGUGCCUUCCGGUGUGUUAACACCUUUGGUUCCUACGAGUGCAUGUGUCCCGGUGGCUACGUGCUGCGAGAUGACCAACGCAUGUGCAGAGACCAAGACGAGUGCUCUGAGGGUUUGGACGACUGUGACUCCAGGGGCAUGACCUGCAAGAACCUGAUCGGUACCUUCAUGUGCAUCUGCCCUCCUGGCAUGCAGCACAGACCGGACGGAGAGGGAUGUAUGGACCUGAACGAGUGCCGGGCCAAGCCUGGCAUCUGCAAGGACGGACGCUGCGUCAACAAAGUGGGAAGCUACCGCUGCGAGUGCAACGACGGCUUCGAGUCGAGCUCCACCGGAACCGAAUGCAUUGACAACCGAAGGGGCUACUGUUACACGGAGGUUCUGCAGACCAUGUGCCAGCAGUCCUCCACUAACAGGAACAGCGUGACCAAGUCCGAGUGCUGCUGCAACACGGGCCGAGGCUGGGGCACCCAGUGCGAGCUCUGCCCGUUGCCCGGCACCGUGCAGUACAAGAGGAUGUGCCCGCUCGGACCCGGCUACACCACCGACGGCAGAGACAUCAACGAGUGCCAGGUGAUGCCGGAUCUGUGUCGGAACGGCCAGUGCAUCAACACCAUCGGAUCCUUCCGCUGUCACUGCAACGUGGGCUACAAAACCGACUUCACCGGAACCUCCUGCGUUGAUAUGGACGAGUGCGCGUUGUCUCCGAAGCCGUGUAACUUCCUGUGUAAAAACACGGAGGGCAGCUACCUCUGUUCCUGCCCCAGAGGAUACAGCCUGCAGCCCGAUGGAAAGACCUGCAAAGAUCUGGAUGAAUGUUCGACCAAGACUCAUAACUGCCAAUUCCUGUGCGUCAACACCAUUGGAGGCUUCACCUGCAAGUGUCCCCCCGGCUUCACGCAGCACCAGACUGCCUGCAUCGACAACAAUGAGUGUUCCGCUCAGAACAGCGGCUGUGGUUCCCGGGCCUCUUGUGUCAACACGCCUGGGAGCUUCAACUGUGAAUGCAGUAAAGGCUUCUCCUUGGACAACACAGGCAUGGAGUGUGAGGAUGUGGACGAGUGUGGCAGCAACCAUCGCUGUCAGCACGGCUGUCAGAACAUGAUGGGAGGUUUCCGCUGCGGCUGUCCUCAGGGCUACGUGCAGCACUACCAGUGGAACCAAUGCGUGGAUGAAAACGAGUGUCAGGCCUCGACGGUGUGUGGCUCCGCCUCCUGCUACAACACACUGGGCAGCUUCAAGUGCGUGUGUCCGUCUGGCUUUGACUUUGCGCAGGGCGCCGGCGGCUGCCAAGAUGUGAAUGAAUGUAGCAGGAGUAACAACCCCUGUAUCUACGGCUGCUCCAACACCGACGGGGGCUACCAGUGCGGCUGCCCGGGAGGUUUCUACCGGGCCGGACAGGGUCACUGCAUGACGGGCUCAGGUUUCCCAGGCCAGUUUGAGGAGGGCGAUGAAGAUGACAGUCUGUCUCCUGAGGCCUGCUACGAGUGUAAGAUCAACGGAGGAGGAAAGAACGGGCGACACAAGCGCAAUGCUGAUGAAAACGAUCUCAACCAGGAGCCAGCAGUAAGCAUGGCCAGCAUAGACACCCAGGCCUCCAUCCCCAUGAACCUGUCUCUGGCCUCCCUGCACAACAAGGAGCCUCUGCUGGAGCUCCUGCCCGCCCUGCAGCCCCUGGAGCACCACGUGCGCUACGUCAUCACCCACGGCAACGCCAAGGAACACUUCCGCCUGCUGGAAAGACGCGACGGAAAGAGCGUGCUCCGGCUCGGCAAGAGGUUUCCCCCGGCGGGAUCCUACCGGCUGGAGAUCGCCAGCCUGCGACUGUACGGCCCCCGGAGACUACACCAGCUGGAGGAGCAGCACGACAGCGACUACCUACAGGGGGAAAUGGGAGACGCCCUGCGCAUCAAGCUCCUCAUCCACCUGCACUGAGCUCGGGCUGCGCUCGCGAUCCCUUUCUGGACUGAUUCCUACAGCCUUUGAGUUUUAACCUUCCCUUUUAUCCGAUUAACUCCUCCGCCGACGAACCAUCCUCAACAGCAGGGGUAGUAAUCCACGGCUAUGAAAGACUGAGUCAAUCAGCCCAACUCUACCACCACUUUGUUACUGUUUAUGUUAUUAUAUGUUCCUGUUUUGUCUGUCUGUUGGUUUUUACCCCCCUCCCUCCCCACUUGCAUCUGACCCAGUACCCAUUCUCCAUUGAGAGAGCCAGCGGAGGAGAUGGCAGAGAGGUGCCCUAGUGCUUGGACCAUAGCCCUCUAAUAAAGACAAAAUGACAGGAAGGUGGUUCACAAGUCCAUGAAGCACAAAACUAGGAAUUACACAGAAACAUAAAUUAAGUGCUGAGAGUGGCCAGAACUGUCUCAAUGCAACUUGUGUUGUAGUAAUCAACUCACACGCAGGAUAUAAAGCAAAGUUUCUGUUUAGUGUUGUAAAGAAGUGAUAUCGCGCCUUAAUUUAAGGGGUUAGAUGCCGCCGCAGUGGUUCAAGGACUUUCUCACCUCUCUGUAAUCUUAGGAAGAAAUACACAACACUGGGGACAAGGUUUGUCACGUCGGCCCCUCUCAGUAUUGUCGUGUGUCAUUUAAUGUAUUUGUGCUGUUUGAAAAAUGUUAACACGAAGGACUGCAACAUUUACACAGCAUUUCAGGUUCUUUGGUCCAUAGCGGUCUUUUUCAAAAGCUGGAUGACAACCAAUUUCAGACGAGAGAACAGCGAGCUGUGUUCUUCUCCGACGUCACUGACUUCCGUCCUGCCCGCAAGCAGCGGCAAGCAGGCGAUAGCGUGUUUGCGCCGUGUGUGCUGUCAUGUUUGGUUACCUCAGUAAUUCUCACAUCAUGCUGUGAUGCUUUAAAACAAAAGAGGGGGGCUAGUAGCCCUCAGCAUGCAUCAGAAGCAGGGGAAUAUAACAGCUCGUAGCUCGUAGACUUUAAAGAAGAUCAAUCAGGUCAAGUUGUAUUUAUCCAUGUAGGGAUUAAGACUUCAGGUGCACUGAUUCUGGACCUGAGAGCCAUCUUUUUCCUUAAGUCCAAAGCUUUUUCCUCUUGUUGGCUGUCAGAAUUGUGUAGCUACUCCUGGGUUUUUGCAUUGUUCAAACGAACCCCGGAUCACAAAUGCUUCAGGGUAACAGAGCUGCAGCUGACCAUGAGCUGACUUCAUGACUUGAGCUUGAUGCCUGAGCGUCCGAGCCUCGUUUACAACGCAAAGAGACACACAGCUGACUUGAGAAACGGUCUCAAAGGAACAAGACAUGUUAGCCUAAGCUGUAACCGAAGGUAGUGCUUUACAGCGUAGGGGCGCGCACACAGGUGAACACGCAACCUUACAACACAACAAAUAUCCAUCAGGUCGUCCUUCAUUUCUCGUGAUGUGUUUUCUCUCAAAGAGAAAAGCGGUGCUAGUUGUUACCAUCUCUUACCAUGUACAAAGAAAGUGCAGUCUGGAAUCGGGAUUGCAAAAUUUACUUCUUUUUUUUUUCCGAGGAUUUAUUGUUCAUUGUGUAUGUCUGUGUUUUGUAUUGUCUCAGUGCUGAAAAAACAACAUUUAGAAACUUGCUUCUUGAAAAUGAAAUUGUAUAUUUUUAAGUGAAAUGUAGAUGUGUUUUUGUGAAUGCCGAGGCUGCCGAUACGAACGCAUACAGUAAACCCGAAAUCAAAGGCUUUUAUGUGCUGAGAAAUAAAAGAAGCAAGAACCAACAAAAGCAAACGCAAAUAUGUUUUUGUUUGUAUUGUUCAAAACCACUGUCACCGGUAAAAAUGGGUUGUCAGCAAAUUAAACCAGAACACAUCAGACUUAACAGUAAUUAACAUUCCCAUCAUCGAUUAUCUCUUUGUGGCCUGCACCAAAACCAUUGUCAUCAUUUUUGUCUUAACAGUAAAGGUUGCACUGCCCCACAGCCUAUGUAAUGUUUAUAACACAUAACCAUCUUUCUUACCUGGGAACCUUUGUGUACUAUCUUUAUUUUCAGUUUGUCAUUUUUCUUUUUUCUGCCACCAUGUUUAAAAAAAAGGCAGCGUUUUGUGUGUGCUUACUGUAUCUCAGCCUCAGUGUCAGACUUGAAAAGAAACUGUCGUCAUCGUCAUCUGCUUGCAUUGCAAGGUUUGCUUUAUAGUUUAGAAAUAAGGAGCCUGUUGUAGUUAACAUGUCCAGCAUAAGAUAAAAGCUGGAAUGACAAUCACCCAGUCACACCAUAUCUAUUAGCUGACAAUCAAUAAAUCAAUCAGCCAUCAUGGAACAUCUUUAAAUAUGCUGGAUGUUUUUUGUCUUUUACAGUUGAAAACCAAAGAUGUAUAACACAUAUGUCAGUCUGUAAAAUUGAUUUUUGAUUCACAAAACAUUGUAAACGUUUGUCCAGUGACAUUAAUGGCAAUAAAGUAUUGUGGGGUAUAUUUUUAA